AUGAAACUCCGAUGAAACAAACACUAGUUACACAUCUAACUAUUUUUGGUGUCCUAAACAAACUAAUCUGGGAAUUCUGAAGCCCUCGACAAUGCUGGCCUAUUGCUGUCACUGUUGCUGUCUCUUAUAUGUUCAUACAAUCCGUAGAGAAAACCUACAUCAAAUUGAAAAUUGAGACAACGCAAACCUUGGCAUUCUGCCCAAACUCUUUCUUGAAGAUAUAAAUAGAACCAGGGCCACAAACAUCAUGAGUCAUCAAGAUAUCAAUGCCUACCCAAACAUUUUCACCGGGACUCAAAUGGGUCUUCUCAGAAGCCCUAGCCAAGAUUUUCUCAGUCAUUGUCAUUGCAUUCUUCACCUGCAUCAAAAUCUCCCGUUACCAAAAUGAAAAGAAUCGAACCGGUGGCUAUAAGGAAUUAUAGUGAAAGAACGUGAGAAUAGGACACCAAUUCCUUCUGUCAAAAUGGGAAAACCCCAAAAGCCACGACAAUUAAGAAAAUGUACCCAGAUCGAUGCUACUGCUCAAAGGAAACACAAGAUUAGAACUCAAGAUAAAAGACAAUAUUGAAAUCUGAAAAACCAGAAAAUCCCUUGCAGCAACGAACAUGUUUUGAAAGAAAACUCAACAUCUCUCUAUUGUACAAGGAUGCUUCUAACCUUAUUAAAUUACCUGAAUCAAUUGAUUAGGAGUAGGCCGUAGAGGACUAGGUAAGAGUGAAGAACGACGUAGGUCCAGAGCUGCGAUUUUCGAACUACCAAGAAAUUGAGUCGGACCGGCGGAUUGAGUGGGAGGUCCAAUGACGGGACUGGCUGGCGACAGCGUUUGAGGGAAGCCCGGCGGUGAGUAGUUGGUGGCGAGAAAAGUAGUUUCGGUAAAGCGACCUUCUGCGAUGAUAAGCGAAAUAGCAACAUCAAAUGCUUACACGAAGAAGAUGAAUCGUCUCUCUCCACGAAUUAGACUAAAUAUUAAGGGUGAAUUCAGAAACCCAAACAUAAGAAUAACAACGACAACCACAACACGAAACAUAACCCCAAAACCCAGCUCUGCUGGUGAGUAGAUCUGCCGCCAUGAGGGAGGAGAGAGAGGGAAAUCAUGUGUGCCUCUGACGGUUGUUGGGCUUCUCGCAACCUGCGACGGUGACCAGAGGUUGUGGGAGACUUGAUUUCCAUGUUCUUGAUUUCUCCCAGACGAUGAACAAACUCGAGCCAAAGAUGGAGGCAGAGGGAGGCUACUCUGUCCGAUGACCUGGAGUGCGCCCGUCGAUUGCAAGGAGAACGACUUUGAUGAUCUGUCGAACUAGCUACAAGAGACGACGACGAGGGGCGGACUAGCGGAGAGAAUUGAAGGAGCGAGAUUGAUUUUGGCCAUAUGGUUAAAACUUCGUCUUUUGUCUGCUGCAGCCUCCAGAAAUUGCAGCGAAGGGAAGGAGAGCAAAAUGGAAACGAAAUCACACAGGAAGAAAAAUAAAAGAAAACCCCAAAAAAUUAAAAGGCGGGCCACCGGGCACUUAAAAAAAUUUCAAUAGUCAAAAGUUUUCUGGGAGAGCGACAAUUUGAGUUUCCUUUCCCGCCCAUAGAUAAAAUCACGGGAAGGCAUAAUAUAACAAAACAUGCCUUUUGUCAAAACUGAAACCAUUAUAUUAUGACGAACAUAUCCUUUCGUCAUCUCCCCGUGGGAUUAUUGUUAUCUAUUGUGACAAAAUACUUUGUCAUUUAAACAAUUCAGGAAGACAUAAUAUGACAAAACCUACUUUAACCAUUUUGUUUUUGUUUGUGUGUUUCCUUUGUGUUUUGUUGACCCACUCUUCCUCUUGGAGGGUAGUUUGUGUUUGUUUGGUUUCCUCUUUAUGUUUUUGUUUUUGUAAGUUGAAUCAUGGAUCCUUAGGAUUUUAUCUAAGUGUGUGUGUGUGGGGGGGGGGGGGGGGGUUUAUCCACCGCCACCAGAACGUGGUUGCCCCAGAGCUUUAUGGAACAAUCAAUCAAAAGGGUGGAAGCCAACGAACCAAGUUCUAUGAUCAACCUCCCUUCCAAGAAGAACAAACAUACUCAUGGGAUAUCAAGAAGCUUCCCCAUACCAAGCAGAUUUCCCUCCAUGACUCGAGGUGAAAUCCAAGUUGGAUAUGGCCGUGGAGGCUUUCAUGGGCUUUUCUCAAGAUUAUGUGGCACUCGACAAUUGGAUCCAAAGAGAGAAUUGAAGCUCAAGGUAGAGCAAUUUGCGUGGCCACCUGUGAAGGAAGCUCUAAUGUGGAUCCUCCAAUCGAUGACCCUACAGACUCAUCCUUUCUACGGACAUGGGAGGAUAUUAUUCGAAACUUGGAUACACUAGGAGGGAUUGUUGAGCCAGCAUGUGCAAAACUUGAUCACAAUCAACCCUUAACAUCUGAAGGAGAAUAAGUUGUAGAGGCAAGCCAUGAGAACUUUGUAAGAAACGCUCCGACAAGUACUUCCAACCUCUCCCUCCACCCGAUUUGACACUACAAGAGAAUGUUGUGCAUUCUUGUGCACGCCAUCGCCUCUUGCAAAUAGAACAAGAAUCAGAAGUGUAAAGGGAGACCAAAGAAGACUAUGUGGAGCAAGAGGAACUCACCCGGAGAAGUCCCACUGCGAGGAUGAUCAAGAGAGUCUCGUUAAAGACUCUCAUAACUUUCCCUUCACGAGACCAAAUUUGAAGAAAAAUUUAUGAAGGUAGAGGAGCAAGAUAAUCCUUUCAAUGAACAUUCAUGGCCUAUUUCCCUCCAAACUGUGCUUGAAGACAUCAAUGGGAAGGUGAGAGAAGAGGUUGAGGAGGAGGAAGUGAGCGUAAAAGAAGAGGAAGAACUUGAUUGUUUCCAUGAGGAGGAAAGAAUUUUGGAAGACGGAAGAGAGGUUGAGGAUGAAGUUUAAGAAGAAAAUGGUCUUCAAGAUGAGGACGAGUUCAUGGUGGAUGAAGCUUCCACAAGUUUCAAGUGCUACCAAAGCUUUCCACCCGACCUUGAUGCGCUACUCAAGAAGGACCCGUUUGUGGUUCUUUGCCUAGUCAAGGCCAAACCAUCAUCGAUCUCUCUUGGUGGAUGCGAUGGUGGUCAAUCCAUGAUGUCCUACAUGGUAUGGGGCAAGGAGAAGAAGAAAAGAAGAAGAGGUCUCAUAGGUGGAGCCUCCAAACUAUUCAAGUUCACGAGCCCUCAAUCAUGGACUCAUUCAAUGCUCAUGACUUGCUACUCUACAUCAUCGAAGAUAACCUCAACUUCAAGGAGGUUUUGGGAUAGACCGAGACUUGAGAAUCACCAUUCGACUCAGAACGUUAAAGAAGGGCUUAUUAGGAGGCAACCCAACCAGUACGGUUUGCAUUUCAUUUCCUUUCAAAUAAGACAACCUCUGGGGAGCUUGUGAUGUUUGGCUGUUGCCUUGCUCAUUUGGAUCUCACCGAGCCUCCUUGUCCCUCCAACAUUAUUCACAACUAACCCGAUAACUUUAUUCUUCCCUCAUCUUUCCUCCAUUGAGGACAAUGCCGUGCUUUAGUGUAUGGGGUGUGUACAUAUAUUUUUCUUUGCGUGUGACUAAUGAGUGUGAAUGGCCGAUUUGUAUGAUUUGGAGCCUUAUGAUUUUUUUUUUUUUUACAAUUUGAGGGCUCCAAGAAUUUGUACAUGAAUGGAUGAUGAAUGGCAUAUAUUGAGAUGUGUUUUGGAAUCUAGAAUAUUAUUGAUUGGAAUUUAAACUUUAGGGGUUCCAAUCACAAUUGUCUCAAGCAUGAUCUUGCUCAGUGUGUUUUGAAUUGUUUGAUGAUUGUGAUGGUGUGAAUUAUAGGGAAUAGUGUGGUGCUACAAAAAUUCUUGAUAAUGAGUGGCUUUACUUUGAUUUUCUCUCAGUUGUGUGAAAGUGUUUGUUAUGGAGGUUAGGACAUGUGUGUGAGCCUCUAAAAUGUUGGACUCCAAAUUUUUUUUCAAAAGGUUCUGCAAUUUGAAAAAUAUUUUGACAGCAUUAAGGUUUUCACGCGAGAGGCAACCAGGCAUAGUGUUUGGGUUAAGCAGUCGAAGGACUUUUCUCUCAGUCUGGAGUGUCAUUUGAGGGUGUGUUUGGGGUUUAGAUAGGUUUGUAGCAUCAUGAUCAUCUUUCACUACCUUCCGCCCCCCAAACACCUCUCCUCCUAAUGGACUUUUAUGGGGAGGAGAUAGCGUGCCUUUAAGCGAGUCACGAGAUCUUGGCUCUCUUUUGUACCUGACAUGUGGGGCAACCCAAUUGUCAUUGAGACGAGGAGUGCAAGAUGGAUGUGGUGCUCAGGCAAUGAAUCAGACCAUCAUGUUCCUCACACGGGCCUGAGAAUGGGAAGGCAAUGUCCGUUCGCUCUUGGUCACGAGGGAAAGAUGCCAAAAAUUGCGAAAAUGUGAUGCCAUGGACGUGGACGGUGGAGAUUGCUAGUGUUCGCCAACCUACACAAUUAAUGAACUAGGCACUCAUGGGGACAGAAUAUAAUGAGUACAUCAAUGGAAGCGACGAGAUACCUAAGAUCCUAAAAUAGGUGUCCUAAAGGGAAACAUGGCACCUUAGGCGCCAUAUUGGCCUCCAUUCUUACAUUGAGCAUGCUGGUUACUUUCUGUAACUAGUGAGUUGUUCUUUCGUUAGAGUAACCUCAUGUAUGACUUGAUGCUCAAAUGUGGCCGAGAGGGUCUAUAUAAGCCUCUUUUCUGAGUGAUUUGAUAUGAAGAAAAUUCUUCUGGCCAUAUUUGUCUAAUACAUCUAGCUUAGCCUCCAAGUAAGAAAUAUUCGUGCAAAUGGGGAUUGAUUUGUUCCUUCUGGAGUCGGUAUCCGAGAUGCCAAUUUGAGCUGUGGUAGACCAAUUGAGCGUUAUUUUCUGGACAUAGUGUCCAGCUUCGUUUCUAACUUCCAGCAUCUGGACCUUAAUAUCUCUAGCUCGUACUAGGUGUCCAAUAAAAUAAUUUUGUAUGAGAACACAUAUAAACUACUCAAAGCCCAUUAAAAGGAUAAAAGUACUCAUAGAAGCCACUAAACACACCUCGAAGAAUUUAUUAAGCAAUUGCAAGUCAUUAUAGCAAAAAAGAUGUGAAAAUUAUACAAAACAUGUCAUAAAACAAGAUCUCAAAUAAUAUAUUUUACUUGUCAUAGACAUUCCAUAUGUAUUUCUCAAGUGACGCCUCAAAGUUCCUAGUCAUAUUAGUUAAUUCGGCCUAUAUGUCAUUCAUUGAGCAUUAUAUGAUAGGGAGCACCCAACUUUAGCAUGAAAUUGUCUUCCUAUGAGCAACAUUGUUUGUAUAUCUAAUACAAUAAGAGAGUGCACAUAAAUUUAGCAUAUAACU